AUGGAUGUGUUCUUUACUCCAAUAAACAAAAUAAUAUGCCUCAGUGGAGUGCUUGCAUUAGGAUCUCUUUUCGUAAUCCUUGCUUGCGCUCUAUACCAGAACUAUUAUCCGCUAAUUGACGUUUUGGUUUUUGUUCUUGCCCCCUUACCAUAUGCUAUAUUUGGGAAGUCGAGGUUGAGCGGCCAGGUGUUUAUGAAUGAUAGAGCCCAAAGCGCUCAAGAUAUUGGUUUAUUCAUGACAGGUACACUAGUUGCAAGUGGUCUUAUUAUACCGUUGGUAUUCUAUCAUGCAACACUUAUUACAGAAACAAGUUGCAUAAUGACAAUUGUCGGAGGAUUUAUUAUAUAUGCAUCUAUAGUUGUCUUUACAUGGUUUUUUGGUGGUAAUUGGGAAGAAGACGAAGAUGCAUUAUUUAGCUACUAG